UCACAAAUUUCCAGGUUGGAUGAUGUUUAUUGUAAAUAUUUAUUAUCAUAUGAUAUGCUGAGCAAGGAUGAAAAAGAGAAGCUUGAGAGACAAGUGAUUUUGGAAAGACAACGUAAGCCAAGAGUUGUUGCAGAAAAUGACAGAAAUAGUUGUGUGGCGAAGGGUAAAUCAGUUGUUUUAACUCAGUUCUUCAGAGUAGCAAGGAAUAUGAUGAAUUUAUGUUUCAAAAAUGAUCCAACUGUGACAGAUGUUGAGGAAGAAUACUGGAAGUUAGUGAGUGAGAAAUCUCAGCACAUUGCAGUACAGUGGGCAAGAGUGGAUACAUCAGUAGCUGGCAGUGGGUUUCCCACAGGCAAAUCACAUCCCUAUGCAAAGCACAAUUGGAAUUUAAAUAACCUAGCACGUAACCAAGGUAAUCUGUUAAGUCAUCUUGGAAGCGAACCUGAUGUGACUAUUCCUUGGUUGAAAGUGGGAAUGGUAUACAGCACAGAAUUCUGGAAGUAUGACCCAUAUGCUCUGCCAUUUGUGGAAUAUCAACAUACUGGUGCUGAUAAAAUAUGGUAUUGUGUGCCGCAUAGUCAUAAAGAGAAGUUUGAAACUGUCAUGAAAUCAGUUGUUCCCGAGAUGUGUAUCAAUAAUUCCAACCGUAAUUAUCUUGCUAAAUCAUCUGUCAUGGUGUCUCCAACCAAUUUAGCCAAAGAGGGUGUGCCAAUAACACGUGUAGUGAUUGAGAAUGGAGAAUACUUAGUAACAUUCCCUGGUUGUUAUACAUCCAGUAUAUGCUGUGGAUACAAUGUAUCUGAGUGUAUAUACUAUGCCUUGCCAUCAUGGGUCCAGUUUGCAACACAAGCCAAUAAAGUAACUAAAGAACUACGUCUUCCUCCUAUGUUUUCAUUUGAGAGAUUAAUAUGUCUAGCAUCUACAAUAGAAGUAACUAAAGGCAAUACAGAAAUAAUUGAGUGUUUGCUACAUGAAUUGAAACUUAUCAGGGAUCUUGAAUUGCAGUUACGUGAGCAACUAAUGUUGACAGGUGUUAAAUCUAUGGCUAAGAUGGCUGUGACAAAUGUUGUUAUGAAUCAAGAUUUAAGAAGAAAGAAAAUUUUGAAGAUACAGGUGGACCCGGAAGAUAAAAGAUGUGAUACAUGUCAACAAUUGUGUCACCUCUCACAGGUUGUAAAUGAUAAAGAAGAGGAUACAUACUGUUUACAGCAUGCAUUAAAUUAUAUAAAGAAAGGAGGCAGUAAAGCGUGUAAUGGUCUUAAGUUGAUGUACAGAUAUGAAAAGGAGCAGCUUAAUAAAUUGGUGGAGCAACUUGAAGAUUGUCUCAAUGACAAGAGUAAGAUAUCACCAGGAAGAGGAAGAACCAGCAAUAAAAGAAAAUGUACAGAGUCUGUAGUGGAACUAUUAUCAUAACUGAAAAGUCAUGUUAGUGUAGUUGUGAGACUGAGUGGAUUAGACCAACCUGUAUCUAUGUAAAUUGGUAGAAUUAACACAAUGCAGCCCUACAUGUAUGUUAUGAUUGACUUCAGUACCAUUCAAGGAAUAGAUAUUUUGUUUUCAAGUUAGGCUUAAAGCCCCAGCAUGUUGUGUGAAGAAGCACUAUGAUCAAAAUAAGUCAAUGGCCAUACAAUUAUUGGGAUUUGUGGUCUAUUUGACACUGCCUUUACUUCUAAAUCUGAAUCAUUCCAGGUUCUAAAUUUAUACUGAUGGUAACUGCUAUGAUUUGUCUGACCCCAAAAAGAAAUCCCUUUUUUUGUGAAACCAAACCAUUGUCAAUAAAUAACACCAUGCUAUAAUGUCUAUGCAACCACUUCUAUUUGGUUAUUGAUCCACCUAUUGUGUGUACUUAGUGUAGGUAAAUAGAGGUAUGCAACUUUUAUGGAAUAUAACAUGGGUGCCACUCACUGUGUUAGUCUCAAAACACCAAACAUGUUGUGGUGAAAAUGUGGAUUAAUACUGGUUUUUAACAUCGUAGGAAGACCCCAUCAUGGCAAUACAUCUGCCAGUGAAAACAAUAAAAUUUGGAUGUAAAAACCCCUUACAGACAUAUUUGAAUGUGUUUUGGACAUCUUCUUUAUUUUAAAAAUGUGUGUCAUAUUCAGGGCACACUUGAAAGUUAUUUUCUGCCUCUUCCUGGAAUUUUGGGCUGUUGUAUGUCACUCAGUUAUGACUACAUGUAUGAAAAGAUGAAUUAUAAGGUUAUCAUGAGAAUACCACAAAAGUAUGCACUCGGACAGUGCAGUAUAAUAUCAACUAAUACUAAGAAACAAUCAUGCUGCCUUCAUUCAUACUUUGGAGUAUUCUCAUAGUAUGACUUAUGCUGAACCCCUAUACAUUGAUUUGCAUACCACUAUUCCUCUACUCAUAUUACGGGUCACAAUAUAUGCAGCCAAUCCAUCAUAUCAUCAACUAUCUCAGGUAAUUUAGCGAACUAUUUCACCAACCAUUUGUUUGCUGUACAACCGUGGUGGCUUAUAUAAACAAUAUACUGGCAGACUAUUUUUAUAUAUAUAUAAAAAAACAAGCAGAAAGUUUAAUAUAAACACAUUGAUGUCAGGGAUAUUCCAUUGAGGGGGACCGUCACUAAUUGAGAUGUGCUAAUCGGAUAGCCCAGUAUGGUAAUAUUUAACUUAGCUGAGGAGUUUUAGUUGAAUGUACAGCCCCCCCCCC